AGAGGAAGGGAGAGGGAGAGAGAGAGAGAAACAUCAAUGAUGAGAGAGAACCAUGGAUCAGCUACCUCCUGCACGCCCCACACGGGAUGGAGCCUGCAACCCAGGCAUGUGCCCUGACCGGGAAUCGAACCCGGGACCCUGCAGUCUGCAGGCCGACGCUCUAUCCGCUGAGCCAAACAGGCCAGGGCUUUAAGCCAUUUUUAGAACUAAAGGUCAAACCCCUGUGACCCCAGAGGGGUCCCCACUUUUGCUGACUACCUGGUAAGCUCCUGGUAGGCAUGAGGCCUCUUCUCAAGGCUGACAGUCUGCGCCCCUCGCCUGACUUGGGUGCUGAUGUGGAUCCAGAGCUUCUCGAGGAGUCUGGUGGUCCCGGGAGCUUGGCCCCACACCAGACACUCCCCAGCAAAUGCUUAAAGGUGGGAACCAGACUUCCCUCCUUGGUUUAUUCUUCGCUCUUAUGUUUAACGUAAUUACAUCCCAGCUACGGCUUUCCAGGCAGCCAUGGCACCAGCAUCUUGAAAAAGAGCAGUUAGUCUGCUGCCUGAGGGCAGAGCUGUGGCGGCCUUGAGAGCUUAUUGUCUGACCCGGUGGGAUGCGGGGAGGGGGGAGCAUGAGUGUGGAGACUGGGGGCCACAGCUGGAGGCUCAGGGCGGGUGAGGAGCCCCGGGUGGUAGAGGCCUAGGAUUUGAGGGCUGAGUACUGGUGGAGUCAUUAGGGGCAUUUGUGACACUUGGAACCAGAGUGACCGGCUUUGGAGGCGGAUGGGCCAGGACUCAGGCCUAGGAGGGCAGGGAGCAGAGGUCAGUAGGAAGGAGGGAGGGGCAGGCAGGAAGGACAUGGAAUGGCUCCUUCGGUUUCCUGGCUCGGAACUUGCUGAUAAGCACAGGGUUUGCUUCCUUAGGGUCAGCCUUUGGCAGCGGUGAGAUUUGCACGGGGUUUCUGGGUUCUUUGUGUUAUUCUUUCAAGUUCUCUAAGUUUGACCUUCUUACCCAGAACUCCUCACAGCAGCUUUCUGUCCGUCGUGGCAGGCACAGGGGCUGCCCAGUUAGCCGGGCCCUCUGGGUCCGGAAAGCCAGGUCCAGAUGGCGAUUCCUGGCCCAGCUGUGGUGUGUACGUGGGACUGUAUGACAGAUGACGUCUAAGCACAACCUUCCAGGCUUGGGAGAAGGUCACCAAGGAACCGGUGACUUUCAGGGAUGUGGCCGUAGACUUCACCCAGGAGGAGUGGGGGCAGCUGGACUCUCCUCAGAGGGCCCUGUACCGGGACGUGAUGCUGGAGAACUACCAGAACCUUCUUGCCCUGGCAGGGCCUCCGGUCUGUAAGCCAGAAGUGAUCUCCCAUCUGGAACGAGGCGAAGAGCCAUGGCAGGUGCCCAGAGAAGUCCCGGGAGGGGCUCGUCCAGAGCCAGAGCCCCGGCCUGAGGGGAAGGAGCUGUGUCAGCCGCAGGGCAGCCACAAGGAAGAGCCAGCACCGGAGUCGGUGGUGGAGGGGCCGCUGAGGUCCUGUCUCCACAGCCUCGGUCCAGGCGCCGGGUGGGCCUGGGAGGGCCCGGCGGCCGCUCUGUCGAGAGGUGAGGCCGUGCUCUGGAGGUGCGGGCCCCCCGGCUGUGGGGAGAGUUCCACAGAGGAGCAGCGGCCGGGACACGGGGCGUCUGUGGAGGCUUUGCCCCUCGGAUGCCCCCUCUCCACCCAGCAGAGCACAGGGUCUCUCAUUCCUACAGAGCGAGGGUCUCCUCACGGACGCACCGAGAACCGCCCGUCCCGGGGGGCUGUCUCCCAGCACCCGAGGCUGUCCCCCGGCCCGGGGAGAAACGGCUGCCAGGCCAGUGAACACAGGACGCCCCCCGCCCACAGGCGCCCGAGCGCGGGGGCCGGGGAGGGGCUCUUCGCGUGUGGCCAGUGCGGGAAGGCCUUCCGCCAGCGCUCGGCCCUCAGCCUGCACCAGCGCUGGCACGCCCGGGAGAAGGCCUACCGGUGCAGCGAGUGCGGCAAGGCCUUCACCUGGCGGACCAACCUCCUGGAGCACCAGAGGAGCCACACCGGGGAGAAGCCCUUCCUCUGCGGCGAGUGCGGGAAGGCCUUCAGCUGCCACUCGUCGCUGAACGUGCACCACCGGACGCACACCGGCGAGCGGCCCUACAAGUGCACGGGCUGCGAGAAGGCCUUCAGCUGCAGCUCGCUGCUCAGCAUGCACCGCAGGGUGCACACCGGGGAGAAGCCCUACAAGUGCGGCGAGUGCGGCAAGGCCUUCAACCAGAGGACGCACCUGACCCGGCACCACCGCAUCCACACGGGGGAGAAGCCGUACAAGUGCGGCGAGUGCGGCAAGGCCUUCACCUGCCACUCGUCCCUGACCGUGCACGAGAAGAUCCACAACGGCGACAAGCCCUUCAAAUGCAGCGACUGCGCGAAGGCCUUCAACAGCCGGUCGCGCCUCACCCUCCACCAGCGGAUCCACACGGGCGAGAAGCCCUUCACGUGCGGGGACUGCGGAAAGGGCUUCAUCUGCCACUCCUACCUGGUCGUGCACCAGCGGGUCCACAGCGGGGAGAAGCCCUUCAAGUGCAACGAGUGUGGGAAGGCCUUCAGCUCCCACUCCUACCUCAUCGUGCACCAGCGGGUCCACACGGGGGAGAAGCCGUUCGACUGCAGUCGGUGCUGGAAGGCCUUCAGCUGCCAGUCGUCCCUCAUCGUGCACCAGCGGAUCCACACGGGCGAGAAGCCCUAUAAGUGCGGCCAGUGCGGCCGGGCGUUCAGCCAGAACCACUGUCUCAUUAAACACCAGAAAACCCACUCUGGGGAGAAGCCGUUUAAAUGUAACGAGUGUGGCGAAGCGUUCAGCUGGAGCACCCACCUCGCUGAGCACCAGAGGACACACCGCGAGGAGAAGCCCUUUGCCAUCCAGCUCAACAAGCGUCUGCUGAGCACAUACUGUGUUCCCAGCGGCCUGCUGGGUGCCGGCGGCUUGGACCCCGUAGACUCCCUGGAGGUGGCAGAGCUCCUGUGUGUGGUGCAGCCCUCCGCCAGCAGGAACUUGCCCCUGGGCAGCAAACCUGGGAAGUAGCGUGUUGUGCUUGUCACCUGGCCGCUUCCCCGGGGAACGGGGAGCACAGGGACUCCUGUAUGUGCGCAGCAGACCCCUCCCCGGAGCGCCCCGCCGUCCCGGAGAAGGGAUGCCCUGUGGGGAGUCGGGUUGAUGUCCCAGGGUCCUGCUUCCUCUGGUGGGUUUGGGAGUCACUGACCAGGGGAUUAGGUCUUUCCUGCAGAUAAAAGGUCUGUCAAUCAUGUCCUCAGGCUCCUGGCAUGACUUAGAUCAAGAUUUUCAUCUGUGGACUGAUAUUUAGAAUAACAGGAAGAAUUUUUAAAACCAGAAUUAUGAACAGUAGUGCCUCCAAGCAAACAUUAUUGUAUUGCUGGCAAGGAGGAUGCUCUUAGAGGCGGGAGUCUGGGGACAAGCGGGUUUCCUGGACUCACCUCACAAGUGGCUCCUCCCAGAGUCCUUCGCUAGAGGCCGCACCCACGUCCCCGAAGCACAGUCAGCAUCAGACGUGCCGGCCCCGCACCUGGGCACCGGGUCCACGGUGGCAGGCGGAGCCCGGUGGGUCGGGGAGGGUGGGUGCAGUGUCCGGGUAGAUGGGCCUAGAAGCGCACCUUCCCCCCAGGCUGGGGCUGCCUGCCGGGCCUCCCCUCACACCACGAGGCUCAGCUCAGCCGUGCCACCCCGAGGGAGAAGCCCCCAGACCAUCUCCACGUUCCCGGCAGGGACAGGACCGUGUUCAUCUGGAAUUAAUGUUCUUUCUACUCAGUUCUCAGCAAGUACAAGAGGCCUUCUCCGUGGUAAUACUUGACAUUUGUAUAGAGCACUCUAGUUUAUGAAAUGCUUUUUCUUAUACUUUCUAAAUUAUGGAGGCAAGAUAACCACAUUUCAGCGAAUGUGGAAUAAAUGAGAGAAAACACCCAUAAUUCUUAAUAAAGCUGCAUUUCGCACUUUGAUACAUUAUUUCUGUUUUCAUCACUUUAAACAUAGUAGGUAUGUCAUUUUAAUCCCCCCCCCCCACUCCCGCUUAGCUGCAUAGAAUUUUUUCCCAAGUGACUGCACUGUCUGUGGAGUCAUAAUUCUAAGUGGAAGCAUAGUAUUCUAUUAGUCUUUUGUUGGCUGUUGAGGUUAUUUCUAUUUUUUUCACUAUUAUAAACCAUUCUUCAUGGAGCAUUUUUGGGUUAUACUUUAGCAUUUUCGUAGAGCAGAUUUCUAGAAGUGAAAUUUUUUAGAUGAACGAAAUGAGUAGCUUAAGGAAUCAUCUCAGGAUGUUUUUGGUUGUGUGUUUGCGAAGUAAUACGUUUCCUUACCAAGGAACCAAUCAGUAGGAACGUCCUUGCCCGUCAUCUGGACACAGGCACUGUUCAGAGUGGACGUCAGACGGUCUUUGUUCAGGGCACGGUGACGACACAGCGAUGAGCCUGGGCACCUGUGCGCCAUCGCCUGCCUCCGAGUGUCUGUGAGCUGGCCUGGCGUCGUGCGGUCCCCGGGGACACCUGGCAGUCAGAGGCCCUUCUCCGUGACAAAUAGGAAAAGUUCUACAUCACAUCUGCACCGGGAAAACACAAACAACAGUCUAGGCUUGAUUCAUGAUUAUCAUCCUAAUUUUUCUCUCUUUUUUU